GUGUGAAAAUUUUCGACAGUGCUCUGAGAGACGCCGAAGCGAAAUUGAACGUAAUUUUGGAGACGGACUCGACUGCGUAAAGGAUGGCAACCGAAACCGAAACGGCAGCGAUCCACACAAAUGGCGGUGGGCUUGAGACGGUAACCGAGGAAGAGAGCAGCAGUAAGCCCCGCCCGGCAGACAUUGAGGCGGAUAUGCGUGAAAUGGAACGCCGUAAGCGCGUUGAGGCAAUCAUGAACUCACGGUUGUUCCGCGAGGAGCUAGAACGCAUCGUCGAUGGGCAGAUGCGUGAAGGGUCAUCGACGAUCUUGCAGCAACUGUCGGACAUUAUGGGCAUGCCAGCGGCUCGCAUCGGUUCGGUGUUCAAGAGCUCCAACUGUGUCGUUCCCAUCAACGACAUUCGAGGAGUUGAAUCGAUGAGCUACGAGAAAGGCGAAAAAAUCUUACGCUGCAAACUGGCCGCUUCCUUUCGGUUGAUGGAUUUGUUCGGCUGGGCGCAAGGCAUCGGGUGUCAGAUCACUGCCCGGCUGAAUGCCGACCAAGAACUGUUCCUCGUUAAUCCGUACGGCAUGCUCUACCACGAGAUCACGGCCAGUUCGCUCAACAAGGUGAACAUGCAAGGACAGAUCGUCGAACAUGGAACAACCAACUUCGGCAUCAACGCUAGUCAGUUCACCCUACACUCCGUCAUCCAUGCUGCCAGGCCGGAUAUCCGUUGUGCAAUAUAUGUAGCCUCAAACGCGGUGACGGCCGUAUCGGCCCUGAAACAAGGAUUGCAACCACUCACUAAGCACAGUGCGCUACUCGGUGAGAUUGCUUUCCACACGUACGCUGGAGCACUCAACGAACCAGAGGAAAAGGAUAAACUGUUACGCAGCCUUGGUCCAGUGUCGAAGGUGUUGCUGCUGUCUAACCACGGAGCGCUGUGCUGUGGCGAGACCAUUGAAGAGGCAUUUUACCACGUGAACCACAUGGUACAUGCAUGCGAGGCACAACUGAAGCUGUUGCCGGUUGGGCUAGAGAAUUUAAUACUCAUCCCGGAAGAGACCCGUAAAGCAAUCUACGAUGCCGCCCGUAAACCAUCCGUGGAGACGCAGGAAGCGCUCUCAGUUCAAAAUGCAGAUAACAAGGAAGGACAUCGUCCGCAGACUCCGAAGUGGCGCGUGGGGGGCUCCGAGUUUGAGGCCCUAAUGCGUAUGCUUGAUAACGCCGGAUUCCGCACCGGCUAUAUCUUCCGAAAUCCGCUCAUCAAGGGCGACAUUCCAAAACCACGCAACGACAUCGAGGUCCCGCCUGCAGUGUCGUCGUUAGGGUACCUUAUUGAAGAAGAAGAAUUUAUCAAGCAAGGAAUCUGGCGCAAGGGAGAUCCACGCAAAGUUGGAGAUCGUUCGCGUUGGCUGAACUCGCCGAACGUUUACCAGAGAGUCGAAGUACUAGAAACCGGUACUCCUGAUCCGAAGAAAAUUACUAAGUGGGUUGCCGAACCGUCCCCUACACAUUCGUCGACACCGGUGAAAAUAGAGCACGCCCACCAAUUCGUGCCCACUAACACCAAUCCCCGAGAAUUUAAAAGAAUUCAACAACAGAUUAAAGAUAAUCGUCGUGCGGAUAAAAUUUCGGCCGGACCACAGUCGCACAUUCUAGAGGGCGUCUCAUGGGACGAGGCUAACCGACUGAAGGAUGCAACCGUGUCUGCUGCUGGCGAUCACGUGGUCCUGAUGGGAGCCGCCUCGAAAGGUAUCAUUCAGCGUGGUUAUCAGCACAACGCCACGGUCUACAAGGCACCGUACGCGAAGAAUCCGUUCGACUCCGUUACUGACGACGAGCUCAACGAGUACAAGAAGACGGUCGAAAAGAAACGACACGGCGAUGGCAACGACACAGAUUUCUCCGAAUCGGAAGCGCUCAGCUCGCUGCAGAUUAGCGGUCCGACGAAGGGCGCCUCGCUUGUCAGUCCCCCAAGCCAGUCGGAACAGGAAGACGUAGGAAUGGAACACCAUGUCCUGAGAAUAGAAACAAAACAAGCGCCUAAACCUAGCCAACCAGAAGUAGUGCUAAGCGAUGGCGAACAAGUUCAAAAUGGCGAACAAUCCGAUGCACACAUGAGCACCUUCUCCCACAGCAGCAAAGAGCUGCAGGAUAUUUCAACCGAUGGAUCACCGAAGAAGGAUAAGAAGAAAAAGAAAGGCCUACGAACGCCGUCGUUCUUGAAGAAGCGAAAGGAUAAGAAGCGCAUCGAGUCCUAAAUCGUACCCGUAACAAUGCACAUAACAGUACGAGCAAACAACUUGGUGACAGUAAUGGGAAGAAGUAGAGAAGGCGCGCGAGUGUCAGCCCCGAUCGAGUUCAGUAGAGGAGAUGGAGCCGUUUAUGGAUGUGGCCGUCACAGUUUAGCUAGGUAAACGAGCGUUCAUCCUACGGUGGAAGAAACCAACUGCCGCGUGGGCUUUCCUAGCCGUCGUCACGUAGUCUUCGGAAGAAUGUUUAGCGAACAACUAUUGCCUUGUUUCCUUCGUUUUUGUUUAUUCAUUUUUAAUUCUUUCGUAUUUGUUCUUAUUGUUCUUAUUUGUUGAAACGCGACCUUUCCUCGGCGGGCGAGAUUGCCCUCAAACUUGUGUCAACGAUACUAGAAUGAUGCAACGAUGUGUGGCUUGCGUGGAGAGAUCCUUAGAAGUAUAAGCAAGAAACAGUAUGAUUCGUAUGGACCAGAGUACGUGAGCGCGAUCGUACCCAGACACAAACACGGUGGACAUGUUUGAAGUUGACAUCAAACGCGGGAGAGAAUUAAUGUACUAUUUAUAAACCGGAAACAGAACCAACAAAUUACCUACGAUUUCGGGACGAAAUUUCGGAUCUGCCGGCGGUCACAGCCGUAGCCGCAACCACUCCAGAUGAGAAGCGUCGAACGAGCGAGCGACUAUCGAGUAUUGUGCAACGAAUGUGUACCGGCUGCUGUCCGCUCUGUCCCAUGCUGCCGCGUAGAUAUAAAUGCGAAUGAGCAAUCGCUAAUACUUUAUAUGAUGUUUUUUCGCUUUCUUUUUUUUAUUUAAAUACAACUAUAUGUUAAUAGGAAACGAAAUGUAAUCAAACGUACAUACAAGCACAUGUAUCUGAACAGAAAUGAAGAGCAAAUAACGAAUCCAUUGAUAUUUUGUUUCGAUAACGAAUGGGGGAGCAGACGAGUAUUUGUUGACAACGCAAAAUAGCACGCGCACCAUUUGAGAACACGAGAUGCAUACUCAAAGCGGCGCGUGCUUGCUUCCCUCUUAGAUAUAUGCAAGUGUAUAUAUACAAAUAUAUACGGCUAAUGAACAGUAUAAUGGAGAUAGUUGAUGGAAAAAAACAAACGAAAACGAAAUAUAGUAUGGCAUUGGAAAGGGAAACGUCGACAGAGUGGAAAACACUAAGAUUUUAUCGCAAUUCUCUACCUACUUGCUUCUUAAUGGUUUUCCCAACGUACUGGGCGAAAUUAGUGGCGCAAUACACAUCGCAAAAUUGUGAAGCGAACAGAAAGGUGAAACAAUAUGAGCUGUUGGAUGGAUGCGAAGAACAACGAUGGGAACAGAACUAAACGGGGAAGCAUCACGUGUUCAUGAGGACGUUUUUACGUACUAAACUACCGUCUACGAUCAAUUUGUUUUUAGGUAUAAGAAAAAAAAUGGUUGGUAGUAACAGCAGGAGGCAUGUAUUGUCGAAAACAGACGGCAAAAAAGUAAGAAUGCUACCGGCGGCAACUAAUCGGAUUGCAUUGGAUGCUUUUUGUUUCUAAAAUGCAUUUUUUUCCUUUUGUUUCUAACGGUUUACCGACGAUUCUGAUUAUUUUUUUCGUGUGCUAUUAUGCUGAUACAUAACAGACACAAAAAUACACGUUUACCGUAAAUUGUAGUGAUGAUACAUGUCCAUUCGUCAUUUCUGUUUUUACAUACAUUCACAGCAUAAAUCGGUACCUAUAGGCAGGUCUGGCAGAAAUAUAAAUUAGUUCAUGUUGAUACGCCCUGGUCUAGGUGUACCCCCGAUAUAACAGGGUAGCCGUAAAGCUGUUCAGCCGUCUUUGCCCACACGCAGCAGCUGCAUUUAAUAGUACGUGCGUAGAUGUUAACCUGUUACGUUCUCAGCCUGUUGUGCCCAUCGAGCUACUGUUCCUUUUAAGCCUGCUACAUUGAUCUUCCUUUGUAAUGUUUUGCGCACUUCCCUAUCAAUCGCUACCUACUAGAGUAAGAGGAUGCAAUCCGUUACGAAACAUGAUAGGGGAAAAAUCCAACGCUAUGCGCUGUGAACCAACUGCACAGUAAGUAGUUUCAAGCAGUGUCUAAGAACGAUGCGGUCGAGAUCCUUUUCAAAGAAGCAAAGCUACAUUUGUACUGUGUUGAGCCUUCAGUUGCGCUUCUUGUGCGAACAGCACACCGAUAUAUAGAAUAUUUACAACACAGAAAAGCUCAGAAACGAUAAUUAAUACAAGACGCCGAACCAUUUUCGGCUGCUUUCGUGUGCACAAUCCAGUUAAUAAUACCAGCCCUAAAUGCAACACAAGGCAGGGGCGUUCGAGUUUUGGUAACGAAAUGUUUGACCGCUUUACGGCAACGAUCGGCUAUCGGUGUCACAGUGCAGUGUGGUGUGUUUGAAUGAAACAAUGACUGCUUUUUUUUUAUUAAGCAUACUAUAAUAUAAACUCAUCUCCGUACGCUUUAACUCUCCAGUUCUACAAUCCGCAACAUACGCAAAGGGUGAACAAAAAUUGAACGGUAGCGCAGCGUACACUAUGCGUUUAAAUAUAGCAAAGCAAAUCAUGGAGACAAAACUGUGACGGAAUAGGAUUUUCGUGGUCAGGAUUAUUUAUUGUUCCAGUGUUAUGGGAACGGACAUGUGCGACACUGCGAGCUUCUAUUUUCGUAAAAAAAAUGUGGACAACCCGUCACAAUGGAGGGAAGAGAAAAUCAAAAUCAAAAUUCAAACGCUUGUUGAGACAUUUGUUUGCUCGUUUCACUCGCAGCACAUGCGUUCAAUUAGUGCUGUCUACAACUUUCGUUCGCAUGUCGAUCGUUUCUUUGCAUUAUUUUUAUUAUUCGUAUGUUUUGUUUGUUUAAACAUUACUGGCACAAAGUUAGCCGUUAGUGAAGCAAACAAAAAACGCAAAAGAAUAAAUAAAUGAACCCCUACAUUUAAGAAUA